AUUAUUGCCGACUCCCAAAGGAGUCGGUCUUCUCCAAACCCUAGCCGCCGCGCCGUCCUUGGCCGCCGCCACGGCUCCCUGCCGCCGCCAAUCUCUUCCCCGGCCGCGACAGCCUCCCUCCUUCCCCUACAAUCUGCGCCCUAGACACGGCAGGACCCGAGCUCCUACCAACUUGGUAUCAGAUAGCUCUUGUUCGAUCAUGUCGUCGCCACCGCCAGCGUCUACUUCGCCGGCCGGCUCGCUGCCCGCUUCCACGACCGUCACCACCUCCGUCGCCGCCAUCACGUCGCCGUCCGCCCCGCCAUCGACCCCCGUCGUCUACACUCCCGAGCAGAUGAGCGGGGUCAUCAACGACCUCGUCACCGCCGUCCAUGGGAUCCGGCUGUACCUGAUCAGCUCCCAGGGGCCGCCAGCGCCGAUGCAGCCGCCCGCCGCCACCACCGCGGCGUCCGCACCCUGGCUGCCCGCGCUCCCCGGCGCGACGAUGCUACCGCCCCCGCCACCGGCCCUGCCACUGCCGGCGUGGCCGCCGCCCAUAACCACCGGGCCGGCCCCCACCUCCGCGAGCGGCGUCCCUAUCCAGCAGGUGCGCUUCCCCCCGUCGCCAUCACCGCUGCCGGCGUGGAUCAACGCGUCGCCAUCACCCUCGCCGGUCUACUCCGUGGCCGGGGAUCCGCCGAGGCCCACACUCCCGGACGCCGCAGCCGCAGGACACGCGGAACCCUCCGCCGACCGCGUCGCGCCAUACGUCCAGGGCGUCGCUGCACCAACACCGCCCCGCUUCGCCAAGCUCGACUUCGCCACCUUCGACGGCUCGGAGGACCCCCUCAACUGGCUCAACCAGUGCGAGCAGUUCUUCCGGGGACAGCGCACCCUCGCCUCCGACCGCACUUGGCUGGCCUCUUACCACCUCCGGGGCGCCGCGCAGACGUGGUACUAUUCCCUCGAGCAGGACGAGGGCGGCAUGCCCCCAUGGGACCGCUUCCGGGAACUCUGUCUUCUCCGCUUUGGGCCGCCAAUUCGCGGGAGCCGGUUGGCGGAGCUUGGGCGACUGCCCUUCACGACCACGGUCCAGGACUUCGCGGAGCGCUUCCAGGCUCUCGCUUGCCACGCCCCGGGCGUGACGGGCCAGCAACGUGCGGAGCUCUUCAUCGGUGGGCUGCCGGACCAUAUCCGGGUAGACGUGGAGCUUCAGGCUCCCCAGGACCUCCAGACGGCGAUGCACUACGCCCGCGCCUACGAGCGUCGCGCCCAGGCAAUGCCGCCCGGCCCACCGAGCCGCGGAGGCCGCCCGGCCGCUCGACCACCGCCACCGGCCGCACGGCCAGACCGGCCGAACCCGACCGCGCCACCGGCCCCUGCCCCGGCCGCGACACGGACGUUCAGGAGGCUCACCCCGGCUGAGCAGCUCGAGCGCCGCCGCCUCGGCCUGUGCUUCAACUGCGACGAGCCCUAUGCACCCGGCCACAUCUGCCCCCGCCUCUUCUACUUGGAGACGGUCGACGACUUCGAGGCAGACACACUCGCCGAGCCACCGGCGCCGCCCGAGCCUGCCACCACGACCGCGCCUGCCACCGCCUUCGUGGUCUCGCUCCACGCCCUGGCGGGUAUCCGCCACGAGCGCACUAUGCUCCUGCCGGUGACAAUCCGCGGCGAGAAACUGGUGGCUCUCUUGGAUACGGGCUCCACGCAUAACUUCCUGCCGGCGACUACCAUGCGCCGCUUAGCCCUCCAGCCAUCGGGCGGUGCUCAUCUCCGCGUCACAGUGGCCAACGGUGACCGCCUACAGUGCCAUGGCCUGGCACAGCACGUGCCUCUCACCAUCAGCGACGAGCACUUCACCAUCACAUGCGCCGGCAUCGACUUGGGCUGCUUCGACUUCAUCCUCGGCGUCGACUUCCUCCGGACCCUCGGCCCCAUCCUAUGGGACUUCGACACCCUCACGAUGACCUUCUGGCGCCAGGGCCGCCGCGUCCACUGGGAGGGUAUUGGGGGCACCGCUCCGGCCCCGCAGCUUCAACUCGCCACGACCGACUCCGAGGCCGAGCAUCCCCUCCUGACACACCUCCUGCAGCAGCAUGGCGACCUCUUCGACGAGCCGCAGGGGCUACCGCCGGUCCGGGUGUACGAUCAUCGUAUCCACCUCCUCCCGGACACGGCGCCGGUCGCGGUGCAGCCCUAUCGCUACCCUCAGCUGCAGAAGGACGAGUUGGAGCGGCAGUGCGCACUCAUGCUAGCCGCUGGUAUCAUUCGGAUCUCCACGUCACCAUUCUCGGCGCCGGUCCUUCUCGUCCGCAAGUCGGACGGUACGUGGCGCUUCUGCAUCGACUACCGCGCCCUCAACGCGCUGACGCUGAAGGAUAAGUUCCCAAUUCCGGUGGUGGACGAGCUCUUCGACGAGCUCCACGGGGCGCGCUUCUUCACCAAGCUCGACUUGCGGUCAGGCUACAAUCAAGUGCGCAUGCACCCGGAGGAUAUCGCCAAGACGGCGUUCCGGACUCACCACGGCCACUUCGAGUUCUUGGUGAUGCCUUUCGGCCUCACCAACGCCCCCGCAACGUUCCAGGCUCUCAUGAACGAUGUCCUUCGCCCCUACUUACGCCGGUUUGUGCUUGUUUUUUUUGAUGACAUCCUCAUCUUCAGCACCUCUUGGGCGGAGCACCUGCAGCAUAUCGCCAUCAUCUUCAACGAGCUUCGAGCGCACCAUCUUCACCUUAAGCUGUGUCACCGGGGACCGUCCGCGCGCAUGGCCCUGCGCGCCACGCCAUUCGAGGUGGUCUACGGCCGUCCAGCGCCGCCCAUUCUACCGGUGGAUUUGGCGACAGCCCGGACGGAGAUAGCGGGCGAGCUCAUCCGCACCCGCGAUGAGGUUUUGGCCGAGGUGCGGCAACGCCUCGUGCAGGCCCAGCAGUUGGCCAAGCACUACUACGAUGGACAUCAUCGCGAGGUGGAGUAUGCGGUCGGUGAUUGGGUGUGGCUGCGUCUCCUGCAUCGUUCCACUCAGUCCUUGGACCCGCGCGUGAAGCGCAAGCUGGGCCCCCGCUACGCUGGGCCCUUCGUCAUCUUGGAGCGCGUGGGGACGCUCGCGUAUCGUCUUCAGCUUCCGGCCGGAUCCCGCAUCCACGAUGUCUUCCAUGUGGGGCUGUUGAAGCCUUACCGCGGAGAUCCUCCUGCUGCGCCACCAGCACUUCCUCCUACUGCAGAUGGCCGUCUUCUUCCGAGUCCUGCAAAGGUGUUGCGGGCUCAGCUACGUCGCGGUGUUUGGUACUUGCUGGUUCAGUGGGAGGGACUGCCAGAGGAGGAGGCCACGUGGGAGCAGCGCGAUGACUUCUCCCUCCACUAUCCAGACUACCAGCUCGAGGACGAGCUCGCCUCGUUGUUGACACAGGACAGCACCAGCGCGUAA